AUGGCAGCUUUUCUGAGAGUUGGACUGCUUGUUACCGGGCUGUGGCUUAAUUUGGUGUUGCUGAGUCCCCGGUUGCGCUCGGAGCCGACUCAGGACAAGCGAGCACUCCUUGCUUUCCUCUCGCAGAUCGCUCAUGAGAAUCGCCUCCAAUGGAACGCCUCCGACUCGGCCUGCAACUGGCUCGGCGUGGAAUGUGACGCUAAUCGCUCCUUCGUCUACUCCCUCCGGCUUCCCGGCGUCGGUCUUGUGGCAUCGUCAUUCGCCGGAAACAUCCAUCUUUGUGGCGGACCGCUUCCGCCGUGUAACCCCUUCUUCCCUUCACCCGCCCCCUCGCCUUCAUUAACCGCUCCGCCGGAAAAACCAAGAACGAAGUCCAACAAGUUCCCAAAAGCAGCCAUUAUUCUCAUCGCAGUAGUAGGAGGGGCGUUACUUUUGCCCCUGCUCCUAAUUUUCGUGCUGUGCUUUUGGAGAAGUCGACGGCGGAGGGAGGCGGCAAAGCCCCAGAGACCACCUGCAACGGCAACUGCAGCGGCGGCGGAAGCAGGGACAUCAUCGUCGAAGGAUGACAUCACUGGUGGAUCAGCAGAGGCAGAGAGGAACAAGCUGGUGUUCUUUGAAGCUGGAGUAUACAGAUUUGACUUGGAGGAUCUGUUGAAGGCGUCGGCGGAGGUGUUGGGAAAAGGGAGUGUUGGAACGUCAUACAAGGCAGUGUUGGUGGAGGGCACGACGGUGGUGGUGAAGCGGCUCAAGGAUGUGGUUGUCACCAAGAAAGAAUUCGAAACGCAGAUGAAGAUACUGGGAAAAAUUAAGCAUGAAAAUGUUUUGCCUCUGCGAGCUUAUUACUACUCCAAAGACGAGAAGCUAAUUGUGUGUGACUUCAUGUCUGCAGGCAGCUUAUCUGCUCUUCUACAUGGGAGCAGGGGCUCUGGACGCACCCCACUGGACUGGGACAGCAGGAUGAGAAUAGCGCUGGGCACCGGGCGGGGCCUCGCCCACCUACACGUGUCGGGAAAUGUUGUCCACGGCAACGUCAAGGCCUCUAACAUCCUACUCCAGCUAGACAAUGAAGCCUGCGUGGCGGACUUCGGCCUCAAUCCCCUCUUCGGCUCCUCCACUCCUCCCAACCGCGUAGCAGGCUAUCGUGCGCCGGAAGUGGUCGAGACCCGCAGAGUCACAUUUAAGUCCGACGUGUACAGCUUCGGCGUGGUGCUAUUAGAGCUUUUGACAGAAUGGACGGCUGAAGUUUUCGACGUGGAGUUGAUGAGGUACCACGACAUUGAGGAGGAGAUGGUACAACUGUUGCAAAUCGCGAUGGCGUGCGUAGCGACCAUGCCGGAUCAGCGGCCCGCCAUGCCUGAGGUUGUUCGCAUGAUUGAGGAUAUUAAUAAAGGAGAGACAGAUGAUGGGAUACGGCAGUCGUCCGAUGAUCCGUCCAAGGGAUCGGACGGUCAAACUCCUCCGCUAGAGGCAAGGACACCGCCUUCGUCAGUCACUCCCUAG